AUGUACAAUAGUAAUCUUUCUCACUUUGCUCUCACGCACGACAGUCGCAAGAGAACAAUCAACGGAUCACUGCUCAAUUCGCCUCAGUACGAUUUUGAUACCCGCCACCUUCCCCGUCUCCUCCGAGUAAUAAAAAUACUACAUGGGAACUUACAAAAAAAAAAAAAAAAUUUCACCUGUCUGCUGCUCUCUUCAUUACACUUUUCAGUGCCUCCCAAGAGAUCAAGAAGCUCAACAGCUCCUGAGAGCACUCCAAACAAACGCCGGGCAAGCAGAACUCACCCUACUCCCUCUACUGCGAGCACUUCUUCCGCCGGCCCCUCUUCAGCAUCGGAAAAACGCCCGCGAGUCAGUAAGGGGAAGCAACUUGUUCGUAAAUCUGCACCUUCCUCUGCGGACACUUCCUCACCUUCAACUUCUGAGAGUUCACAUUCAACCCCACAGCCCGUGGACAACCAGGCCAUCUUCAACAUUCUGAAGGAGAUGUCACAAGCCAUGGCAACACUGGCAGCCAACUCGGUGGCACCUCAGUCAGGCCAGCGCAAUCUGCCAGAAAACCCUCCGCCUACUCCUCCUUCAGCGGACACAGGUAUAGUAUCCCCCCAGACUAAUAGGUAUUCAACUAAGUCCAUUCCCUUACACGCCCUAGUCGACGACAAAUUAAAAGAUCGAAUUUGGGGGAACGAGUUUGUCGACAUGUCACUACUCCUCCAAGACCAGUCAGCGCAAUUGCCCCAACCCGGCGACCCCCUCCCAUUGGCCAUGGAAAACAACCACGGUAAAAUCACACUGGUAGUCUCCCAGGGUAGAAGGCCUCAGAUCACCUCCAUGUCCCAAUGGACAACGGCCUUUCAUACUUUCAUGUCAGUGUACACCCUUAAACACCCCCAGGAGGCGCCCAAUUUACUUAAAUACGCUGAAGACAUCAGGGUCUUAGCAGGGCUAAGGGGGGACUGGUUAGCUUAUGACCGCAACUUCAGGGCUAACAAAGAAAGGUCUGGUGACCCUUGGGAGGAUACUAAUUGGGAUCUUUGGAACAGGGCUCUUCUCAAUUCUCGCCCAAAUAACAAUGUCCAGCAAUUUCGCCCAAGGGGGUCAUUCACAUCUAGGCAGCCAUUUCGUAAAUUUCCCCAAGGGGUCUGCUACAAAUUUCACUCCGGAAACCACUGUAGGGGGGAUUGCACGUACGACCACAAAUGUUUCAGAUGCUCAGGGGGUACCCACCCAGCGUCCCAGUGUCCCAGAUCGGAGAAUAGAGCAGCUGCCCGCCCCUCCUACCCCUCACGGGCCAACAGAAACUCACCAUCUACCCCCCAGGGUCCUAAAAACCCCAGUAGACCCCAACAAACUCAAUAAAUAUCUUUCUGGUUAUCCUUCUGAUUUAAGAAAGCAACUUGUUUCGGGCUUCACUAUCGGCUUCAAGUUAGGUCACAAUGGGUCUCAAUCCCC